AUGAGGCACAAGUAUGUAGUGAAAUGGCAAAUGGUACUUGCAAACACAGAAGAAGUUAAGUGCUGCAGAAAAAAUUGCAAGGCAGUAAACAACUCAAACCCUGAAACCCCUGCUGUUUCUCUUCCCUCGAGCCCUCUCGAACUUCCUUCCCUUAGAUCUCACAUAGGGCUUGGUGUGACUGUGUGGAACACCAGGAGCUGGGCCAAAAUGCUUCACUGCUUCACGAGCCUUGGUCGACCCUCUCAAGAGAACCUAUUCCUUACUGUGUUUUGCCCAAGGGGUGCUUUAAGUGCAAGCUGGUCAAAGGUCAAGCAUUCACCACCGGCCUUUUCGAUUCGGGCUCUUGCGGUUUCAGUAAACCUCAAAGCAGUAACCUUUAGAGCAGGGACUUCAUGCACUCGAAUGUCAUCAGUAACAGUCCCGACAAGAACUGCAAUCUUUAAUCACCAGCACAGUGAAUUUUUGUUAGCCCAAAUUAUUUUUAUGAAAUUGGAAAACCAAACUGAAACAUAA